AGGAUUGAGGGAGACUGCGCAGGUGAGGUCCCACAUCUCCAGAGGAAUCAUGGCUCUCAAGCUCAACUCUGUCGUCUGCUUGGCAACGCUGCUGCAGCUGUUCGGAUGGCUGGCACUGGCAGCACCUCUGAAGGAAGUCCCAAUCAAGCUGACGGUGGUGUUUGACGUCUCCGACGAUGAAGCCGCUCUGCAGCUGUACCACACCUCAGCCCUGCCCGGUGGCUCCCUCCUGGGGGCACUUAGGAGACUGCAGCACGCAAACUCAGAUUUCAAAUUCUCAGUGACGGAGGACCCCGACUAUGGUUUCUACCUGGAGAGUGUGAAUGGAGUGGCAGGAAGUCAUGCUGAACACACCUACUGGCAGAUCCUGGCAGAGGUCCAUGGAGGAGAACUGACCCCAAUCGAUGUUGGAGUUGGUUGCUACUCUCCAAAAGCUUAUGAACACAUAACCCUGAAGUUGGCAAACUGGUGAACAAUAAUCAGUGAACAGCCUCAAGACGUGUCAGAGGAGGGCGCUGUGGUACACUGCACGAACACACUCUACCUUUCAUGGGGCGUUCCUGUGAGGACCCUGGUUUGAGUCUGGCCGGAGUCAUUUCCCUACUCUUCAUCUGUUCUUUCUCUCCCAACCAUGUCCUUUAUUCUCUGCACUUUCUUAUCACAAUAAAGGCUAAAAACAUAUGUAAUUAAUUAAACAAAAAUAACAGUGUGCAGGAACUGUGUUGCCAUGUACAUUUUAAAAUGUGAUGUAAUCAUAAAGCGAAAAUAAAAAUAAAAAAACAA